CUGCUUCAGGAGGAAAACUUAUUUGGCUACUGGGCUGUGUCUGGUGGCUUUUGUUUCGAUGCUGAUGCUUUCCUAUCUGCAGCUGCAGAAAUACUCUCGCCAACCCAAAAUAAUCCUUCGGAAAGAGAGAGGCCUUUGCAGGGGAAGGAUGGCCAGUAAUUCAAUCUCUGUUUUAAGGGACAACAGGACUUUGGUCAUCGCGUCAUACUUCGAUAACCGGGUGGAAAAAUUGACUCGGGUGAUUGGAAUUGUACCCCACGAGGAAGUCAAAGAACAUUAUUGCUGGUUCUGUUGCCAAGCUGCUGACAAAGUCUACAUCUCGAAGGCUGUGAUCGACGUCCACGCAGACCACUUUGGAUUCCCGUACGCGACGGCGGACUUGAUCUGCAUGGAACCCAGAAACUGCGAGCCUCGCUCUGUGUCGCUGAACUCAGUUCCUUAUGGAGACGGCAGCCGGUUGCUGCGGUUUGAAAUUAAAAACCGCAAACUGGAGAGCUCUUCCGUGGAGUUCACGGUGUGCAUCUCCACCAUGUUUGGAGACUACAACAACAUCCUGCAGUUCAUUCAAAGCAUGGAAAUGUAUAAGCUCCUCGGGGCCCGGAGAGUGGUGAUCUACAAGAACAGUUGCAGCCCACUGAUGGAGAAAGUCUUGGAGUUUUAUGUGGCAGAGGGGACCGUCGAGAUAGUCCCCUGGCCAAUCACAUCCUACCUCAGUGUUUCUACUGAAUGGAAAUGGGACCCCAAGGGCAAUGGCACCCAGAUUGGCUAUUACGGACAAAUUGCAGCCUUGAAUGACUGUGUCUAUCGGAAUAUGUACAGGAGCAGGUACGUAUUGCUGAACGACGUUGAUGAAAUUAUUCUGCCCGUUGAGCACGCAGAUUGGAAAGCCCUGAUGGAGAGCCUUGAGAAGCAAAAUCCAGAGGUUGGCAUUUUCCUCUUUGAAAACCACGUCUUCCCUAAUACAGUCUUUACCUCCGUCAACAUCCCGUCUUGGAACGCAGUACCUGGAGUCAACAUAUUGCAGCACAAUCUUCGAGAACCGGAUAGGAAAGAGGUCCUCAACCCACGGAAAAUGAUUGUCAAUCCCAGGAAGGUGGUUCAGACGUCUGUUCACUCCGUCCUCCAGGCACUGGGAGACAGCAUAGAAGUUCCCAUGGAAGUCGCGAUGGUGCACCACUGCCGGGCCCCUUGGCAGCCAGACUUACCCAGAGAAUUCCUGAUUAGAGACACAACACUCUGGAGAUAUAACUCGUCACUGAUCAGCUCAGUUAGCCGUGUGCUACGAAACAUACCAUUGCAAGUGGUGAAGUGAGGUGUCUAGGAAAGGUUACGAAGAUCUAUCCUUGGGACUGUCAAGGAGAUAUUUGGGAGUGAUAUAGAAUAUGAAGUUCUUGUGCAUACUUGAUAGAGGAAUAAAGGGGAAACUGCAGCAUACAUUUGCUGUACAUACUGGAAGAAGAGUCCAAAAAUAACUUAGUUGCUCUUGGCUAUCUAAGAAUAUGAACCAUGGAGUUUGAUAAAGAGAGGUGGUAAGUUUGUCUUGCAAUGACAAAUGUAGGGUAAGUGAGAAUUUCAUUCAGUUCGUUUUUUGGUAAGAAUUCCAUAACAGAGAUGGAAAGAACUUGCAUUUUUUUUAAAAAAAAAAAACAGUG